CAUCCGUUCUCAUGCCUUCUCCUGGCAAAGGAGUACGGGUGCCCGUAAGCAGAAGCCGUCAGUUAGAGCACUGAGCGGAUCUGCGAGGAACACAGGAUCAUAGCUUGUCACGAUCGCCCCUUCCCUGAUCCCUGCCCUUGCGUCCAGGAGCUGAUGGGUUGGCCCUGCGGGGACGUUGCUGCAGAGACGAGGAUGGCCGGCAGAGGGCGAUGUGGCGGCGCCUGGCAGGUCCCUGGCUGAGCGCGCCCGAGCGAGGUGGGCGGGGCCUAGCCGCACUUCUUCCCGCGGGCCUGCGGAUGGCGGCGGCCGCGGCGGCGGCGGCGGGCGGCGGUUCUGGACUCGCGGCGUCCGCAGGCCUGGAGGCGAUGACGCUGCAGAAGCUCGCCCUUCGGCGGAAGAAGGUGCUGAGCGCCGAGGAGAUGGAGCUGGACGAGUUGGCGCAGGCUGCGGGCGCCGCCAUCGACCCCGAUGUGUUUAAGAUCCUGGUGGACUUGCUCAAUCUCAACGUGGCCCCCAUCGCCGUCUACCAGAUGCUCAAGUCCAUGUGUGCUGGGCAGCGGUUGGCCAGCGAUGGUCAGGACCCUGCAUCUGUGUCUCUGCCCACGUCAGAGACCCGAGAGGCCUCCUUUCUCCUGGCCAAGAACAGUAGCCCCCCCGCCCUUGCAAGGCCCUCCUUUUCCUGCCAACUGCGGCCUGCGGCCUCUCCAGUUCUGCUCCACGGCUCAGCUGCCAAACACUUGCCUCUCUCUCCUGGCUCCCCCUCCCUCCAGCUCUCUUGCUGCCUGUUCUCUUCUUUUUCAGGGAGAAACAGAGGCGUCCAUACUCUCAGUGGUGCCCCCAUACUGGCAGAACGCAGCGGCCGUGAAGGAUCCAUCCAGAGGAUGCCCCGCCAGCCGAGUGCCACCAGGCUCCCCAAGGGGAGUGGGCCUGGGAAGAGCACCUCCCGAGGCAGCACAUAGGGCAGGACAGAGAUGGCAAUUGCCACCAACUUCCCCACAGAUGCCACAUGCCUCUGCCUUCCCUUAGGCCCUUCUGAGAAGGUAUCUGGACAUUGUCAUUGCUUUUGGGUAUUAAAGCAUAGAUUUAUUAAAGGGAA